UAAACGUUCUGAAUCAGGGACAACAUUAUGAAUCUGAACAUUUGCAGCAUCUUUGUUGUAUUUACGAUCUUUGCUACCAACCCUAUCUGUUUUAUGAACUUUGACCCCAAAGCCGGAAGCUGCGGCCUUGGAUUGUUUGAUCGGAUGAUUUUUUUUUAGAGAAUGCCGCUUCACUCUUGUUCUUAAAAAUGGAAAUUAUUCUCUUUGUUUUUGAAAAGGUGUAUUUGUCAGUGGGAUAUAAAUUAAAUGUUGGCAUACGCCGUCGAAGUGUAUUAUAUAGACACAAUUAGUUACAAUGAACAACUGUUGAAUAAAAUUAAUUUACUGUGUUUUGCGAUAUCUGCUACGAGAUAACGCAUCCUAGAUAGCUAGCUAACGUUAUGCGUUAAGUGUUGUAAAGGAUAAAGUUACGGAUAUACUAAAUUAACCCUAGCCGGUUUGACGCAUUUCUAAUUAAGUUAGCUAACUUGGUUAGCUAAAAGGUGCCACCCGAUUUAGCCCACUGUGAUAGCUAAUGUUAUUACAACUCUGGCAGAAUAUUCAUCAUAGUAUAUCUAAAUAGUGUUAGCUGUAAUGCUAGAAAAAUAGUUAGCUGUUUAUAGAAAAUAUAAACGGUUUCCGGCAGAGUAAUGUUAGCUAAAAUUAAUUCUUUAACGUUGCGUGUUUUCGCAAAAUGAAUUGUGCAUGAAUGAGCUGACAUCCUGCCUCUCCAAACAACAGACACGGCUGUUCUUGGCUAUCUAGCUAGUCGUUGGUAAUAGUCGUCCGUUGUGCAAGGGACAGUGUUUACUAGGCAGUUGGUUGUUGUCCUCCGCAAUUUUUUUGCUGUUUUCAUAGCUAGCUAGCACCAGCAAAAUAAAGAGCAUCAACAUUAAUUAAUUUAUACCAAGUCGAAGCAAUGGCUGCAGAUUUGCAAUCGAAGUACAGCAAGCUGGCCCAGGAAUACUCGAAGCUGCGGGCCCAAAACCAGGUUCUGAAGAAGGCCGUGGUUGACGAGCAGGGCAGCUCCACUUCUCUGAAGGACCAGCUGAAGCAGAGGGAUCAGAGCCUGCGCAAGGUGGAGCAGGAGAUGGACAGUCUGAGCUUCCGCAACCAGCAGCUGGCCAAGAGGGUGGAGCUUCUGCAGGAGGAGCUGGCAGCCAGCGAGGCCAAGGGCAAGAAGAGCAAGCACAGAGGAGACUCGCCCUCCCAGCAGGGCCUGCAGGCCCAGAUAGUGUUUGACGAAGACCUGCAGAAGAAGAUCCAGGAGAACGAGAGGCUGCACAUACAGUUCUUCGAGGCGGACGAGCAGCACCGGCGGCAGGAGGCCCAGCUCCGGGCCCGUCUGGAGGAGCUGGAGCGAGACUCGGAGCAGCACCAGGCCGUGGUGGACGGCCUCACGCAGAAGUACAUGGAGACCAUCGAGAAGCUGCAGAGCGACAAGGCCCGUCUGGAGGUCAAAUCACAGACCCUAGAGAGGGAGGCCAAAGAAUGUCGGCUUCGGACCGAGGAAUGUCAGCAGCAGCUGAAGAAGUAUCAGACGGAACUGAGCAGACAGCUGGAGAAGAGCAGCAGCGUCAUCCUGGAGAAAGUGCCCUUCAACGACACCAAGUACAGUGAUUACAACACUCUGAAUGUCCCUCCACACAACAGGAGACACCAGCUGAAAGCGCGGGACGUGGCGGGGCAGGCCGUGACCUUCGUCCAGGACCUGGUGGCGGCGCUGCUCAACUUCCACAGCUACACGGAGCAGAGGGUUCACAUCUACCCCCUGGACUCCUCCAUUGAGCCCAUUUCUCCCCUCAACCAGAAGUUCUCCCAGUACCUGCAUGAGAAUGCGGCCUAUGUGCGCCCCCUGGAGGAUGGCAUACUGCAAGUGCACCAGAGCAUCACUGAGGACACAGUCACUACGCUGGAAACAGUGGGGAAGCUCAAGGAGUUCUCAGAUCACUUCACAUCUUACACCUGUUUCCUGCAGAAGAUUCUGCCCUACCAGCUCAAAAGUCUGGAGGAAGAGAACGAGGCCUCUCUCUGCACCUCCGCACUCUCCUCCAAGAACAGAGAGCUGCAGAGCGACAUGAGGAAGAUGACGUCCGUCUUCGAGAAGCUGCAGAACUACAUCACCCUCCUGGCCCUGCCCAGUGUUCGUCCGGAUGCCCUGUCCCAGAGCAGCUCCACAGCCGUCUUCACCCAGCUCGCCGCCUGUCUGCACGGCCUGCAGGACGCCAUGAGAGAGCUUUCUAAACACUACAGUGUCAAAGUCACCCUGGAGCAGGAGCUGCCCACCGUCACCCAGAAACUGAGCACCACCAACGAGUGCCUCCUGUCCUCGCUGGUGUCCCUCACCAGCUGUUCUGGGAAGAUCGCCACGUUCUUCAGCAACAACCUGGACUUCUUCGCGUCGUCGGCGGGGUACGGGCCGAGGGGCGGCGCCGGCGCCCUCAAUCCCCUGCAGGCGGAGAGCAUGCUGGGUAACAAGAAGCAGGCGGCCGCCUACAUGCUGGCGAUCAGGAAGCCCAGGCCGGAGUCGGUGCCGUACUCUGAAGCUCUGUCCAACCGUCGCGUCCUCACCAGCUCCACAGAGAGCCGGGAGGGCCUCACGCAGCAGGUGCAGCAGAGCCAGGAGAAGAUCGCUCGGCUGGAGCAGGAGAAGGAGCACUGGCUGCUGGAGGCCCAGCUGGGCCGGGUGCGGCUGGAGAAGGAGAACCGGCGCAUCGCCGAGCUGGAGGCGCAGCUCUCCGCGGCCCUGGGGGGCUGCCCCGCCCCCCAGCCCCUCCCAGCGGAGGGCACCGCUGCCCCGCCCGGGCUGGAGGAGGGCGACCCGGAGGAGAGGGGGGGAGGGAAGGACCCCACCCAGACCUCCAGCCUGGUCGGCAUGUUGACUGCGACGUCCAGCGGCGAGGAUGUACAGGAUGAGCAGUCGAGGGAGGAGCUGAUUAAGACCCACUACAUGGCCCGAGUUGGGGAGCUGACCGCGCAGCUACAAGUCUCCGACAGCAAGGCCGUGCACUUCCACGCAGAGUGCCGAGCGCUGGCCAAACGCCUGGCCCUGGCAGAGAAGUGCCGGGAAACUCUGACAGAAGAAGUGAAAGCGGCCAAUCGGAACAUCUCAGGCCUGCAGGACGAGCUGACCACCACCAAGAGGAGCUACGAAGACCAGCUGAGCAUGAUGAGCGACCACCUGUGCAGCAUGAACGAGACUCUGAGCAAACAGCGCGAGGAGAUCGACACGCUGAAACUGGGCAGCAAGGCCAAUUCUAAAAAGAACAAAGGUCGGUAGGACGCCCUGGAAAAGUGGACCCCUUCGCACAGGACAGGCCAGGGGACGACUGGGACUGCAGAGCAUACCGGCGCGUCUCCACUGCUGCGGGAGGAGAGGAGGAGGAGAGGAGGAGAGGAGGAGAGGGGGAGAGAGGGAGGGAGGGAGGGGCUGUCUCAGCCACUCCGCUGUGGGACCGUGGAGAUGAGGUCAGGGGCUGGGACGACCAGCGGAGGAAGCGGCCUUUUUCUGUAUCUCUGUACAAAUAUAAACACUGACUGUGAAGUGCUUCCUGUCGAGGGAGGAAACAGCUGCUUGGCUCCAGGCCGAGGGAGAGGAGGAGGAGGAGGAAGCGCUCCUCCAGUGACAGAGGAGAGACUAAACGAGCAGCGCCCUUGGGUGAUCGACGAGGGCAAGACGGCG